GGGAUAAUUCUUUAUACGAUCAUGGCGGCAGAAGAACUGUUUGCGAAUACAUGGCGUUUUCCAGACGAUUUAUUUCCUACCCAUGAAGUUUCUUUAAGAUAUCAAAUUCAGGAGAAGAUUUCCAUUCCAAUAGACUUCACUCGGUAUCUUUGGGAAAAAGCUUGCUUCGUCGCAGAUGAUGUUUUAAGAAUAAUUCUUACAGAACUUCAAAAACAGGCCGAAAAGAAUUUCGAAGGUUUGACAAUAGAUCGAAAUUUCAUACGACAAGGAAGUGCAAGGCAGGGAUUGAAAAUCGAAUCUCCUGACGAGUUUGAUGUCAUCGUUCCUUUUAAAAUUGAAGGGCUUCGUCUACAAGAAGUUCGUUUGUGGGACACGGCUGGUCAAUAUCUACCAGGACAAAUACGUCUCCGGGUCAUGAAUGAUGAGCAAAUCGAUAUGCUCCCAAAACUGCAGAGGGAAGGAGUUUUUGAAAUGGUUAAUGGCACACGUUUCCUCAACACUAAGGCUCUUCAAGAGCAGGUGUUUAAAUCUCUAAUGGAUAAAGCAUUAGAUGAACUAUCCCCGUCAAAUACAAAACGUGUAGGAGGUAGACCAUCCAACGUAUAUUAUGUUACAAGAGGAUCCAGACCACCUACAAUGGAUUUGACAGUCCAAGUUGAGUUCCAGGACACGGUUUUUGUCGACUUUGUUCCAGCGCUUGUGUUGGACAGUGAAACAAUUUCAAUUCCCGGAGCAAUUAUUUCAUCCUCUCAUGACAAAGCAAUUAACUUUCCAAGAUUCGGGCUCAUGAAAUGGAUAAAUAAAGAGAACGCCGAUAUCUGUGAAAAAGACAAAGAAUUAAGAUGGCGAAAUUGCUCAUCUGCCUAUGAAAAAUUCAUGUUUGAUCUCUGUUUUAUGAACAGAGAGCGGCGUUAUAUCAUGGCGUCAUGCCGCAUAAUGAAAGCCUUGGUAAAAAGGCUAAAGGAGCGACAAAACCAAGCCGCCGUUCUACUGACAUCAUAUCAUUUAAAAACGAUUGCCAUGUAUUGUAUCCUUCUGCUGACAAUUCCUACCGUCAUUGUGCCUUCUGGCUUCCAUAUUGCAGGUGUCCGUGAGGCGUUGGGCUACUUUUUGACAUUUAUAAACUUAUCAUUUGAAAAGAAGUGCUUACCAGAUUUUUUCCUUGGAAAUGAAAAUCUUGGUAAAAUUUUUCCGGAUUCACACUUCACAAAAAUUCGCGUCAAGUAUAAUUUAUUUGAAAAGGAAAACACAAGACUUGUUGAGGCGGCAAAAUACGGUUUUCCGGAAAUGCAAAAGGUGCUUUAUGGAUGUUAUGAAGACAAUAAUUUAAAUGCCAGAGUCAUCAGUUAUUUCAGAGACAGGAUUCUGACAAUAUAAACUUAAACAGAAAAAAAAUCUGUCCAAAAGUUUUGAAAAUAAACAUUGAACCCUUUAUUGCGCGAACAAGUUAACAUAAUUAUGAUACCAGUAUUCAACAUCCGUUUGAUGUGGAUUGGAAAACAAUAUGAUUUUAAUUUAUAAUGUAGCAUUACAUUUAUUGAGUGGAUUCGAAACGUGUGUUAUGUCGGACCCAAGAACCAAACAGUUUGGUUCGAGGGUCGACAAAACUCAACUUGCCUGAGAACACAGUCAAUAAAUGUUUUGUUGUACAUGUACCUUAUAUUUUAUUUAUUGUUUUUGGUAUGUAUUAAUCUUGUAUUGCAAUUAUCUUCCGUGAUGUUACCUGUGAUUAAAGUCGGUUAAUUCUUUCACUGUCGAACAUCAACGAAUGCAAAUGGGAAUUAGCUGAUCCCGCCUAUUGUAUUUGUGUGACGUUAGCGAUCAAACAUCUCAUCGACAGGUCCAACAUCUCACUCAGCAGUCAAACAUCGAUUUUUUAAUGACCGCUGGGUAAAACAUUAGAAAUGUUAAGCUUUUUGUCGUAUAGAUAUGUAUAGGAACAAAUUUUUAAAGGUAUAACACUACUAUAACUGUUAUCUUUAUUUUAUUUUGAAAUAAAUGUUGUAUGAUUUUCAUUUUUUUCUU